CUCGAAGGACCAGUACCGCAAUACGCGCGAUCUCCUAUUCUCUCAGCAGUAGCCUGCUCGAUUCGCGCUUCCGUUUUCAACGCGCGCUGUGUGUUUGUGUUUUGUUUCUGUGUCGCCACAUGUUCGGAUUUUCGUUGGUUUUUGGCCGUGUAAAAUUGAUAUCGAAAUGAAGAUGUUCAAAGAAAUCGUGAACGGAAAAACAAAGUGAUAUAAUUACUUACACAGACAUUAAAACAUUGAACAGUGAACAACUAAAUGCAGUGAUCUAGUGGCACAAUGGCCGCCGUAUGCUUCCGACCGCCCCCCUUGCCGCCGAGCCGCAAAAAAGGCAGCUUCAGAGGCCGCAAAAACCCGCUCCCGCCGCAAAACCACGGCCUGCUGUCCUCGACGUACCUCAGCUUCCGGGACCCGGCCGACGACGCUCUGAAGACGAGCGUCGCGACGCCCAGACGAUCGCGCCGCCUCUCGAGCGUCUCGAGCGGCUUCGACGACUUGGCAACGAUGUCGAGGAGCCGAUCGGACGGAAAUCUGGACAGGGGGGACCGUUUGUCCGUCAAUAGGUACAUGCGGGUGCUCAGCGGCAGCUGGAAGAACCUCCUGAACUUAGGCGGAAUGUCGCGGCCGCCCAAGCCGACGGCUACCGCUAAAAAAGUCGCCCCACCAGCAGUCCCUCAUGAGUAUCGUCACUCGGGAAGUUCCUUUGGAUCAGCAGGAUAUGCAUCUUCCGAAGAACCAACGUAUUUGGCACCAUCGGAAGCGAGUGGAGUGCCCAGAGAUGACCACUCGGAUUACGGGAGCACGGUCAGCGGCAGCACCGGAAAAUCUCCGGGCCCGAUAUUUCCGGCGCCGACGUUCACAUUUCCGCAGCAGCCCGGAACCGUCCUCACCCACAAGGCGGCCGUCUACUACCACCACCAGCUUAGCCUGCAAGAGGACCAGGGCAUCGACAUGACACAAUCUCCCGGUCGCGAUAGUCCGGGCUCUUCCAGCGGCAGUGCCGGCUCCGGGUCCCGCCACAGCACCGCCUCUUUGGACAGCGGCCGGGCUUCGUACCACCCGCACAGCACGACGGGGCGCAGCACCAUCUGCUCGUCCAACAGCCCCAGAUGCUCUCUGAGCUCGUGCUCCAUAGGAUCGGAGCAGGGCCGCAUCGAGCGCAUGAUCAACCAGGGCGUGCCAGAGAAGGACAUCCUGCACUCUUGGCUGGUGGAUUUGCAGUACGAGGAGUACUUUGGUUUGUUCGUGUCCGCUGGUUACGAUUUGCCCACCAUCGGCAGAAUGACGCCCGAAGAUUUGACGGCCAUAGGAAUCACCAAGCCCAAUCACAGGAAGCGGUUGAAAGCUGAGAUCGCGCAGCUGAAUUUGCCCGAUAACCUGCCCGAAUUUAUACCGGGUUCUUUAGAGGAAUGGCUGAGCAUCUUAAGACUGGAAGAAUACUUGCCAGCUUUCAUAGAACAGCGGUACCAAACCGUCGAUGACGUCACCCAACUGACCUGGGAAGAUUUGGAAGAGUUUGGCGUGGUAAAGUUGGGCCACCAGAAGAAAAUAAUGCUGGCCAUCAAGAGAAUAAAAGAUGUCAAAGCCGGUAAAAGGAUAAACACGGAUGCAAACCGAAUUUACGCGACACAGGAUGUGAUGGUGCACGCGCCGCCACUGGGCCCGCCGUCUCCCGGCGUCCCCGCCGUCCACAGCACUUUCCGCUCCUUCCACCAGCCCUGGGAGAUCGACCAAACGCGGCAACUCCACCAAACCUCGCAGGCGGCCGCACAAGCCAAUCACUACGUGCAACCCAUCUAUUGCACUGACAUUGUCCCGAUACAGAUAAGAACAGGUAGGGGGAAAUCACUAGAAUCCUUGGAGGACCCAAAUGAAAGAACCCAUCACACAUUCAACGCGGAAAACACGCAAACAUUUUACUACCAACAACCUAUGGGUGGAUGGCGACCCAGAUCCUACGAUGACGGCGACAUAACCCCAACAAACGAGUCGGGCUUGAUGUACGAAGGGGGCGGCACCUUGCCGAGACCCAAAGGGGUUAUCAGGCCCCGCCCCAUCGCCAAAAUAGCGGCAAAGGCGCGGGAAACUUUCCCGGACUUCGAGAAACCGCAAUUCAACCCGGAAUCGUACGGGAACGCGCCAUACAAAACUCUGCCGAGGGAUAUGAUCGAUACCAGUAAAUACCAUAUUCAGUAUGGCAGCCCCAUGAUGGGGAAGAAGAUACCCCCGAACCCCCCCAAAAGACAGGACAGUGAGCAAACCACCACAGUCGAGAUUCACCACGUCCAGACCAGCAGUCCGCUGCCUCUGCCCGCGUAUCCCAGUUCCGACAGCUUAAGCAUAUCUCUGGACGGGCAGGGGGACCUGCCUUUGCCCCCGCCGCCGGCACCCGGCACUCCGCCGGGCAACCGCGACCAUUGCAAGCUGAACUCUUCGCAAUCGUGGGGCGCCGAGGAGCAGGAGCUCAUCAAAACGUUGGCGCUGCAGCACAGAAACGGCUCUGAUGCUAGUUUUAAGUCGAGUUCAAGCACAGAAUCGGACUCGCUGCCGUUCGCCAACGAGAACGCGGGCACCAUCCGGACGCGCGCCGGCGGCCGCCAGUCCGACUACACCGUCUGCGCGGGCGCCGCCUCCGCGCCCAAGUCGCGCUCCGGCCUGCCGCCGCAUCCGUCCCCCACCCCGUGCGCGGGCGCGCGACAGCAGCCCGGCGGCCCGUCCGGCCGGCCGGCGCAGCGGUCCUCCGAGCCGGCCGACGUGCUCAACGACAUCGGCAACAUGCUGGCCAACCUGACGGACGAGCUGGACGCCAUGCUGGAGGAGGAGAAGCGGCAACAGUAAGACUGAACAGAUCUUUUUUUUUCGUUUUAUCGUUUUAGGAAAUCACCUUUUCGCGAUUUUGUCGGGAUUGCAGGGGAAGUGUGUGGGAGUUACAUAUGUCUGAACCAGUGAUUUUUAUUUCAAACCGAGGUGGGGAAAGCCGGAACUUAACUCCAUUCAUUUAACAGACGGGCUAAAUAAAAAAUACAGUUACUGUUAAAUAAAUAGACUUUACAUGGUUGUCGUCACAAUGUCCAAUAUUGAUUUCAAGAAACAGUUUUGCUAACAUUCUUACUAAUUUAGUUUAGUGCGUCGAAUAUUUGCUUCUUUCGAAUUUAAUGUGGUACAUAAUAGAAAAAAUAUUAUGCUUUGAGGUGAGAAAAAAU